GCGCCGUCGUCCCAUUCAUGCGGGGCAGCGGCGGCGGCGCGAGCGAGGCGGGCGCGGAGGAGCCCCGGGCGGGGGGGGAAGGCGGGCACGGAGGAGGAGGAGGAGGCGGCGACGGCAGCGGGGGCCCCGCGGGCGGCUCGGUGUGGAAUGCAGCUAUGGCAGGCACGGCGGAGGCGAGCGGGGACCGGAGCCGGCUGACCAGACUGGCUGUGCCCGUGAUGCCCUGAAUGCCGAGCACAGUGGAAGCAGAGGAGACCGUGUCCCGUUAGCUCCUCCUCCCUCCCUCAUCCCCUUAGUUUGAGUUUGUUUCUAUUUAUUUUGUGGCUGGGUUUGGGCAUGGCCUUGGCUGGAUGUGAGGCUGCUGCAAUGUGGCUCCUUUGGCUCAAGCACUGCUUGUCCAUCAAUGUUUGGACCUUGCUGCUCUUGGGGAGCACCUGGCUACCGCUGGCGGAAGGCAGCCCCAAGUCUCCCUUUAGGACUUUCCCGGUUACAGACUGGAGCUUGACGCACUUGGUGGUCCACAAUAAAACUGGGGAGGUCUACGUGGGGGCUGUCAAUCGGAUCUACAAGCUUUCCAAUAACCUCACACUCCUGCGGACCCAUGUGACGGGACCUGUGGAGGACAAUGAGAAGUGUUAUCCUCCGCCCAGCGUUCAGUCCUGCCCACACGGGCUGGUCACCACCAACAAUGUGAACAAACUGCUGCUGGUGGACUACUCGGGGAACCGGCUGAUUGCCUGUGGCAGUGCCUCCCAGGGUAUUUGCCAGUUUCUGCGUCUGGAUGACCUCUUCAAGUUAGGUGAGCCCCACCACCGCAAGGAGCACUACCUCUCUAGCGUCAACGAGUCGGGCACCAUGUCUGGGGUCAUCAUCGAGGUGCUGAAUGGGCAGAACAAGCUCUUCAUUGGGACGCCCAUUGAUGGGAAGUCGGAAUACUUCCCUACGCUCUCCAGCCGCAAACUGAUGGCCAAUGAGGAGAAUGCGGAGAUGUUUGGCUUUGUCUAUCAGGAUGAAUUUGUUUCCUCACAGCUCAAGAUCCCCUCGGAUACGCUCUCCAAGUUCCCUACCUUUGACAUCUACUACAUCUACAGCUUCAGCAGUGAGCAGUUUGUUUACUACCUGACCCUGCAGCUGGACACCCAGCUCACCUCGCCUGACUCCACUGGGGAGCAGUUUUUCACCUCCAAGAUUGUCCGCCUCUGUGUGGAUGACCCCAAGUUUUACUCCUACGUGGAGUUCCCCAUUGGCUGCGUGCAGGACGGCAUUGAGUACCGCUUGAUCCAGGAUGCCUACUUGACCAAGCCAGGCAAGGCUUUGGCCAAGUACCUGGGCAUCUCGGAGCACGAGGAUAUCCUCUUCACCAUCUUCUCCCAAGGCCAGAAAAACAGGGUUAAGCCUCCCAAGGAGUCUGUGCUCUGCCUCUUCACGUUGAAGAAGAUCAAGGAUAAGAUCAAGGAGCGUAUUCAGUCGUGCUACAGAGGGGAAGGGAAACUCUCGCUGCCCUGGCUCUUGAAUAAGGAGCUGGGCUGCAUCAACUCGCCACUGCAGAUUGACGACAAUUUCUGUGGCCAGGAUUUUAACCAGCCGCUGGGUGGGACUGUCACCAUCGAGGGAACCCCACUCUUCGUGGAUAAGGAGGAUGGGAUGACUUCGGUGGCUGCCUAUGACUACAGAGGACAAACUGUCGUCUUUGCAGGCACACGGAGUGGGAAGAUCAAAAAGAUCCUGGUGGACUUAUCGGCUGAGAAGAAACACCAAGCACUGCAGUAUGAGAAUGUUGUGGCCCAUGAGGGCAGCUCCAUCCUGCGAGACCUCGUACUGAGCCCUGACCGCCAGCACAUCUAUGCCAUGACUGAGAAACAGGUAACACGGGUGCCGGUGGAGAGCUGCGAGCAGUAUGAGAGCUGUGAGCUGUGCCUGGGUUCCCGGGACCCCCACUGUGGCUGGUGUGUCCUCCACAACAUAUGCUCGCGCAAGGACCGGUGUGAGCGGGCAGAUGAGCCCCAACGCUUUGCCUCCGACCUGCGGCAGUGCGUCCAGCUCACCGUCCAGCCAAAGAACAUCUCGGUCACCAUGUCGGAAGUCCCGUUGGUUUUGCAGGCCUGGAAUGUCCCAGACCUCUCGGCGGGAGUCAACUGCUCCUUUGAAGACUUCACUGAGUCCGAGAGCCGCAUCGAAGAUGGGAAGAUUUACUGCAGCUCUCCCUCUGCCAAGGAUGUCAUCCCCAUCACCAGAGGCCGCGGAGACAAACGAGUGGUGAAGCUCUACCUGAAAUCUAAGGAGACAGGGAAGAAGUUUGCUUCUGUGGAUUUUGUUUUCUACAACUGCAGUGUCCAUCAGUCCUGCCUGUCCUGCGUGAACGGCUCCUUCCCCUGCCACUGGUGCAAGUACCGCCACAUCUGCACCCACAACGCUGCUGACUGCUCCUUCCUGGAGGGACGUGUCAAGCUCUCUGAGGACUGCCCCCAGAUCCUACCCUCCACCCAGAUCUAUAUCCCCGUGGGUGUGGUGAAACCCAUCACCCUGACGGCUAAGAACCUGCCCCAGCCACAGUCCGGCCAGCGCAACUACGAGUGCAUCUUCCACAUCCCUGGGAGCACCACCCGCGUCACCGCACUGCGCUUCAACAGCACCAGCAUCCAGUGCCAGAACACCUCGUAUUUCUAUGAAGGGAAUGACAUCAGCGACCUGCCAGUCAACUUGUCUGUGGUCUGGAAUGGGAACUUCGUCAUUGACAACCCCCAGAACAUCCAAGCCCACCUGUACAAGUGUUCAGCCCUGCGGGAGAGCUGUGGUUUGUGCCUCAAGGCCGACCCACGCUUCGAGUGCGGCUGGUGCGUGUUGGAGAGGCGCUGCUCGCUGCGGCAGCACUGCCUGGCCUACGAGAGCAGCUGGAUGCAUGCCAGCAGUGGAAACAGCCGCUGCACUGAACCCAAGAUCACCAAGCUUUUCCCUGAGACUGGGCCCAGGCAGGGAGGGACCCGUCUGACGAUCACCGGCGAGAACCUGGGCCUGAAGUUUGACGAUGUUCGUUGGGGUGUUCGAGUUGGCAAAGUGAUGUGCAUCCCCAUCGAGAGCGAGUACAUCAGUGCUGAGCAGAUCGUGUGUGAAAUCGGAGAUGCCAGCUCAAGCAAGAUCCAUGAAGCACGAGUUGAAGUUUGCAUCCGCGACUGCUCACCCAAUUACCGAACCACAUCCCCCAAGAACUUCACCUUCGUGACACCCACUUUCUCCCGCGUGGUCCCAGCUCGGGGCCCUCUCUCCGGCGGCACCUGGAUUGCCAUUGAAGGGAGCCACCUCAACGCUGGCAGCAACGUCUCUGUAACCAUUGGGGGAAGACCCUGCACUUUUUCAUGGAGAAGCUCCCGUGAGAUCCGGUGCAGGACCCCACCUGGGCACACCCCUGGUGGCUCCCCCAUCCUCAUCAACAUCAACCGAGCAGAGCUGAGCAACCCGGAGGUUAAGUACAACUACACAGAGGAUCCCACCAUCCAGAAGAUCGAUCCUGAGUGGAGCAUCAACAGUGGUGGGACACUUCUGACUGUGACCGGCACCAACCUGGCUACCAUCAAAGAGCCAAGGAUCCGGGCCAAGUACUGCAGCUCUGAAAGGGAGAACAAUUGCACUGUCUACAAUGAUACCACCAUGGUGUGCUAUGCACCCUCCAUCGACAAUCCUGUACGGAGCCCUCCGGAGGUUGGUGACCGCCCAGAUGAGAUUGGCUUUGUCAUGGAUAACGUCCAGGCCCUGCUGAUCAUCAACACUACCAACUUCGUCUACUACCCGGACCCUGUCUUUGAGCCACUCAGCCCCACAGGGAUGCUGGAGCUGAAGCCCAGCUCUCCUCUCAUUCUCAAGGGCAGAAACCUGCUCCCACCAGCUGCUGGUAACUCCCGCCUGAACUACACAGUGCUGAUCGGAGACACUCCCUGCACGCUGACCGUCUCUGAGACCCAGCUCCUCUGCGAGUCUCCCAACCUCACUGGCCAGCACAAAGUCACGAUCAAGGCUGGAGGGUUUGAGUUCUCCCCAGGGACGCUGCAGAUUUAUUCGGACAGCCUGCUCACUUUGCCUGCCAUCAUUGGGAUCGGUGGCGGGGGUGGCCUACUCCUUCUCAUCAUCAUCAUUGUCCUCAUCGCCUACAAGCGCAAGUCCCGAGAUGCUGACCGGACCCUGAAACGUCUCCAGCUGCAGAUGGACAAUUUGGAGUCCCGUGUGGCUCUGGAGUGCAAAGAGGCCUUCGCUGAGCUGCAGACUGAUAUUAAUGAGCUGACCAACGACCUGGAUGGGGCUGGCAUCCCCUUUCUGGAUUACCGCACCUACGCCAUGCGGGUUCUCUUCCCAGGGAUAGAAGACCACCCCGUGCUGAAGGAGAUGGAGGUCCAGGCGAACGUGGAGAAGUCCUUGACCCUCUUUGGGCAGCUCCUGAACAAGAAGCAUUUCUUGCUGACCUUCAUACGCACUCUGGAGGCUCAGCGGAGCUUCUCCAUGCGGGACCGUGGCAAUGUGGCCUCCCUCAUCAUGACAGCACUGCAGGGCGAGAUGGAGUACGCCACAGGUGUGCUGAAGCAGCUUCUUUCUGACCUCAUUGAGAAGAACCUGGAGAGUAAGAACCAUCCCAAGCUGCUCUUGCGGAGAACGGAGUCCGUGGCAGAGAAGAUGCUGACAAAUUGGUUCACAUUUCUACUCUACAAGUUUCUGAAGGAAUGUGCUGGAGAACCGCUCUUCAUGUUGUACUGUGCCAUCAAGCAGCAGAUGGAGAAGGGACCCAUUGAUGCCAUCACAGGAGAGGCUCGCUAUUCUCUCAGUGAAGACAAGCUUAUCCGGCAGCAGAUUGACUACAAAAUGCUGACCCUCAACUGUGUGAACCCCGAGAACGAGAAUGCCCCAGAGAUCCCUGUCAAGGUGCUGAACUGCGAUACCAUCACGCAGGUGAAAGAGAAGCUACUAGAUGCUGUCUACAAGGGGGUGCCCUAUUCCCAGCGACCCAAAGCAGGAGACAUGGACCUGGAGUGGCGGCAGGGCAGGAUGGCUCGGAUCAUACUGCAGGAUGAAGAUGUCACCACAAAGAUCGACAAUGACUGGAAGAGGCUAAACACCCUGGCCCACUACCAGGUGACGGACGGUUCCUCGGUAGCCCUGGUGCCCAAGCAGAACUCGGCAUACAACAUCUCCAACUCCUCCACCUUCACCAAGUCCCUCAGCAGAUAUGAGAGCAUGCUGCGGACAGCCAGCAGCCCCGACAGCCUGCGCUCACGGACCCCCAUGAUCACGCCCGACCUGGAGAGUGGCACCAAGCUCUGGCACCUAGUGAAAAACCAUGAUCACAUGGACCAGCGAGAGGGUGACCGGGGCAGCAAGAUGGUCUCCGAAAUCUACCUGACCCGCCUGCUAGCCACCAAGGGCACCCUGCAGAAAUUCGUAGAUGACUUGUUUGAGACCAUCUUCAGCACAGCACAUCGUGGGAGCGCGCUGCCCCUCGCCAUCAAAUACAUGUUUGAUUUCCUCGAUGAACAAGCUGAUAAGCAUCAGAUCAAUGAUUACGAUGUCAGGCACACCUGGAAGAGUAACUGUCUACCUCUACGUUUUUGGGUGAAUGUGAUUAAGAACCCCCAGUUUGUGUUCGACAUUCACAAGAACAGUAUUACUGAUGCCUGCCUAUCCGUGGUGGCUCAGACAUUCAUGGACUCCUGCUCAACUUCUGAGCACAAGUUAGGAAAAGACUCUCCCUCCAACAAACUACUGUACGCCAAGGACAUCCCCAACUACAAGAGCUGGGUAGAAAGAUAUUAUGCAGAUAUAGCUAAAAUGCCGGCGAUCAGUGACCAGGACAUGAGUGCAUACUUGGCGGAGCAGUCACGGUUACACCUCAGCCAGUUCAACAGUAUGAGUGCACUUCAUGAAAUCUACUCUUACAUCACCAAGUACAAAGACGAGAUUUUAGCUGCUUUGGAGAAGGACGAGCAGGCCCGGAGGCAGCGGCUGAGGAGUAAGCUGGAGCAGGCGAUCGACACAAUGGCCUUAAGCAGCUGAGAAAGCGGUGGGCAUCCCAGCAUCCCGGGCAGUGGAGGCGGCAGGAGGGAGGGCUGGCCAGCAGCAGCCGCAGGCAGAAGAAGACUUUGGGACAGGGGCCGGCCGGACCUGCGGGAGCCGCCGUGCCUCCGCACGCUUCCCAUGAACGAACAAGGAAACCUCACGCUUUAGCGGAAAAAAAAACAAAAGCAAAUCCUGACAACAGCAGCGAUAUCGAUAAACUCCCUCGACACACACACAAACCCCCUGAUCCAACCGGGACGCAGCAGGGACCUUGCAGAGAGGCGAUGCCAGGCGGAGGAGAAGGGGGUCGCCUGCCCCAUGGACCCACUGGGCAUCACUUGCCCGGACAGAGCCCCUGAGCCCGCAAGGAACGGGGAUCUGGGCCACAGGGUGUUCUAGGAUGGCGUUUGGGUGUUGUUGUUGCUUCAGUGGAGGGGGGGUGGGUGGGCUCCUAUUUUUACUGUACUUGACUUGCUCUCCCCUCCUUCUUCCCAGCUGGCCGCCCCCUCUCCUCCUCCUUUCUCUUUUUCUGUCUCUUCCCCCUUCUCUCUCUCUCUGGCCUUCUGCCACUAGUGUUAACUGCUGUAUUUGCACAAUUUACACGAGACAAACAAAAUUUUUAAUUUAAAGAAAAAAAAUUAUAACAAAAAAUGGGAGGGGAAAUAAAAAGAUUCUAAAUUUCUGCGACAGACUAACAGAAACGAUUUUAAAAGAUAAACUAAAGAACUGAUGCUGGGGAGAUUUGGGGGUGGGGGCAGUAGGGGUGGGCAGGAAAGGGAAGAAAUCCCUAAGCUUUGAUAUUUCUUAAAAUAUGUCCUGUGCCAUGUUUUAUUUCAAUGUUGUUUAGUGCGGAAAAAAGAAAAUGGAAAAAAAAAAAAAAAAGGUGGGAGUUUUGUUAGCUGGAUAGAUGCUCUUAUUUAAAUGCUGCUGGAGUGGUGCUGGAGGUCUAGAGAGGAAGGGAGAUCCCAAGGCUGUUUUUUCUUUUCCCAGGAAAUCCUUGAGGGAUGAUUGGUAAUUUUGUUGAGCUCGUCCUCAUUUUCCUGGCCCAGUGGCUGUGGGAUGGUCUGGGCAGCGCUGCCUGCCCACGUCUGUCCUGGGACGAUACGGGGUAGAGGACAGCUGCGAGGGCUUGGGGGCUGCCUGGGUCUUUUUGAUAGAUCCCCUGGCACUGAAGCAGCCUUAAUGAAACCCCUUUAAUUCCCCCUCUGCCCCCAUCAUCGUUUUGGGCUGAUGCAGGGGAUGGGGAGGCAGCUCCACCACAUCUCCUGACCAGGGACCCCCUCAGCAAACCCUGCUGGGUGCCCAGCCAGCAGAGGGACCGGCGUGCUCGGCCAGCAUGGAGCUAUUGCCCAUUCCCCUACCCUGGGAAGCCCAAACUUAUGCAGGCCUUUCAACCCAAGAUUGACCUUUCUUUGUCUGUCUUUUCCUUCUUUCUCCCCCUUUCUCUUCUUGCUGUCUCCCCAUCUCCUCUCCGCCUCCUCCGUCCUGCCAGGGGCUUUGCUGGAAACCCAGGGUCUCUCCCUGCCUGCCCCCUUUGAAAUGUCAGAUUCUUGCGGGUUUAUGCUUUCAAGAGACGAAAAGGUGCCGAAUGUUGCCCUGAAUGGCAGCAGGUGACCAAAAACUUCCAAAAACAAGGAGCAAAACCCUUUCCUUUUCUAUACCAAGAACUCCUGUCACUGCCCGGACCACGACAGACGGGGCCAAACUCUGCCAAGAGUGGGUGGCUGUUGAAAUCUAAGUGGAAAGAAGCUCAGCUGAUUUCUGUCCAUUCCCUUAAUCUGCGAUUUAAGGGAGGGAGAGGGAGAAAUAAUGAAGUUUUUAAUUAAAAAAUAAUAAAAAAAUGUGUAUAUAUAUAUAUGUGGUUACAAUCUAAUUCUCGUGCCCCAGUGGGGUGCUGUAUAGUUACUGAAGGAAAAUCGAACCAAUAUAAAUAUGAAAUGGAUUUACACAGCCAGUUAAAACAAAACAAACAACAACUACACAAAAAAAAAAAAGGAUACCAAAUGGUCUGGAAGAAAUUUCCAAGCCUUUCUCACCAUGCAGAACAAUCGUUUGAAGCCUGCACAUCUCUCAUUAUGUUGUAAUUUUGUUUGGUUUUGUUUUGUUUUAAUAAGCAGGGAAAGGAGAAGAUGCUGAUUAAAAAAAACAACCACCAACAAAAAACCCAACCACAACAGCAAAACUAUGUUUGAAAAAGGAGUAAUAAUUGUUUCCCAAACGUACGAACCCUGAGCUGUCGCUGGAUUUCUGAGAGCUGUGGGCUAUUGCAUGACUGUGCUAGAUUUUAGUCUGAGUUGAUCUUUUUAAGAAAUGGAUGAAAAAAAAAACCAUAAAACAAAAAAACUGCAAGUGUUGAAUAUUAGAGGUUUGUUUAGACCUGUUAUCUAUUUUUUUUUAAUUUGAAAUUAAUUUGUCACUUUCUUGUCCAAAAGAAAGAAAGAAAGAAAAAAAAAAACAAAACAAAAACAAAGCAAAAAGAAAGACUUCAGAGAUUCACAUCUCAAAUGUGGUACUCAGAGAGCCUUAAAGGACAGCUGUGUGCCAGCCAGCCCCGCGCUGGGCCCACCGCCAGCUGCCAGCAUCUCCCUGGGCCUUCUGGUGGGACAGAAUCCUCCUGGGGGGGGUCCUUCAGGGGCUCCUCUGCAGAAAUCACUGCUGCUGCAAUGAGGCAGAGGGGUCCCCAUGGCUGCCUUUGGUGCAAGGUUGGCUCAAAGCUUCUUCCUCGUGCUGCUGCUGGCUGGGCGGCAUUGGCGGACAUCCUGGGUAUCACCCAGAGGUUGGCAGUGCGUUGGUGGUCAUUGCAGUCUGGUGGAAGUGGAGCAGUGGCUUUGGAGUCUCUGUUCGACAGUGGUGUGGGUCCUACCUGUUGCAGUGGUAAGAGCUUUUUGGGGAGUUUCUGCUGCUGUUGAGGGAGGCAAACGCGUUGGUUUUAUGGCAGUUGAGAAGGGAUGGGGGCACCCUCCCAGUGGCUGGCCGGAGGUGAUGGAGAUGUGUUUCUAAGAGCAUCACCUGAAAAUUUCCUUGUUAGCGAACUUGAGCUGGAAGCACUACUAAGAAUAGAGUUUAUUAACUUGUUGCUUUCCUGGCAAUGAUGCUGUGGGUGCUUUCUCAGCUGGGGUGGAUGGACGGGCGAGUUUUUUGGCCAUGGUGGGCCUGCGUUGGAGUUGGGCAGCAGAGAGGUGCCCGGGGGGGUCACGCCCGGCAGGCUGGCAGUGCCGUGGCAUGGCUGCGCUCUCUGGGUUCCCAUUGCUGAGUGCCCCUUGUGCUGUGGCCUGGCUUUUCCCACCCUGUGACAAUGCUGAGAGUCCAUGGUGUUGAUCCUGCAGAUGGAUUCCCGUUGUCUUCCUCCUAAGGACCUUUGGGGCCUCUGCAGUUUGCUCCAUCAACGGAUCCCCCCAGCACCUCCCCAUCCCUCGGUCCCCUUGCUGCCUCUACAGGGAGGGUGGCGGUCAGCGAGGUGGGCAUUGCAAUGCUGCCCACAGCCUCUGGCACUUCUUGGUGCUACUUUUGCCUUUUGUGUGAUGCCCAGCGUCCUUAAUCGUGCCAGGCAGCCCGUCCUUCCUCCCUUGCCCCAGCCUGGCAGGGGCAGAGCUGGGGGGCAGUCCCUGUCUGACCCUAUCUAGGAGCAAGGAAAGGUGGGGAGAGGGCUGAGAAGCAUUUGCAGGGACUCCUUUUACUGGUGAUAUUGCCUGUGCCCCAAAAUGGGGUGAGAUGGAGAAUCAUCCCCUGCCCUGAGCGUGUAUUUUGGGGACCUCCCGCUCUGCCACUGCUGUCGGAGGCUGCUGUACCCCAUGCGCUGCUCCCUGACCGCUGCGGCAAGCGGGACCCUCCCUGUUCACCCUCAGCUCACAUUGCCUUUUCUCCUACGUUUGGGGUUCAAAACACGGUGCAAUCCAUCCUGGAAGUGCCCCUGGUCCUGGCUCCGGUGUGUCCCUCUGGAUGGAGCCCCGUGCCAUCCCCAGGGUUGGCCCCAGCCUUGGGAUGGGGAGGAUGGGGAGCAGGGUUCCUCCCAGGCUCGCCCGGUCCCGACCAAAGCGCACAACGAGCUGUCCUUUAAGAAAGCGGGGGGAAACCUAACGUGGACUCGGCAAAAGGCAGAGGAUUUUAAUAGUUUUAAAAAAUUAAAUGGGGAAAAAAAUAAUUAUCCAGAGUCCUGAUUACCUUUCUGUGAUUGUUUCAGACUUGAAGCAACAGGCCAGCGUGGCUGGCCGAAUGCCCUUUGAUCGUGUAAAUAUCCUGCUAUUUCCUAUUUUAAUGUUCUUCAAAUUUAGUACUUGUAAAUAAACACA